AUGGUCCUUCCCCCAACCUCGCAUCUUCCACCGAUUAAACGGAUUGCUUCAUACCCUAUCUCCAGUUUAAAUGAAGCCCUGGAUUAUCUCAGACAGAUAUACAACCCUCCAGUCCGUGGCUCGCGUCGUCGAACUACCUCAAAGAAGGACGCAAGCCGGCUGUUGGAUGCACUGCGAACGGAUGCCUUCGAGCAAGCGUAUGCCAUAAAAUGGCUGACGGUGUUGAUAUCCCAACUCGGGGAGUCUGAAGACGUGACAAAUGCCUCGGAACGUGAAGCCAUAGUCGAGUCUGGGGCAGCAUUAUUGGCCGUUUGCGCGGGCACAGCGUCUGCUGGCACCAUAACAAGGCAGUUCGCUUUCGAGCCUUCGCCCGAAUCUUCCCCCGGCGCGCAACCUAUUGUCGUAAACCUGAAGGACAUUCCCCUAGAAAAUCGAGAUUACGGUAGCCUGGGUGCUCAAACUUGGGGAGGGGCAUGCAUCAUGGCAGAGAUGAUUGUUGAGAACCCAGCUACUUUUGGUCUUCUUCCCGGACGCCCUCUUCGAUGCUUGGAACUCGGUGCUGGAACCGGUCUUGUCAGCCUGACUGUCGCAAAAGUGCUUCAAGGUAUACUCGGAAAAGAAAUAAUCGAAUCACAAGUCGUAGCAACGGAUUUCUAUCCUUCAGUUCUCGCUAACCUCAAAGAAAAUAUCCGAUCCAAUUUCUACUCCACCUCUCCUCGGAUCGACUCAGUUCGUCUUGACUGGUCAGAAUUUUGUUCAUCCGACCCAUCAAACGACCUCGAGAUUCUUCAAAGCCCAUUCGAUGUCGUCUAUGGCGCAGACAUUGUUUACGAGGCACAGCACUCAGUGUGGAUAAAAAGGUGUGCGCGUAAAGUUCUUCGGAAACCAUCGCAGAAACCCUCGUUGGAUGCACCUACUUUCCAUCUCAUCAUCCCUCUUCGAAAGACCCAUACAGUUGAAUCCGAGACAAUCGAGGCCAUGUUCAAGGACCAAAAUGAAAUCGAAGGCGCGGAUCUCGUCAUCAAACACAAAGAGAUUAUAAUUUGCGAUGCGGACAGUGGUGAAAAGGGGGAGGAGAUCGAGUACGCCUACUACAGGAUUGGAUGGCCAUAA